UAGAAAAGCAAGGAUAAAUUGAAAAAGAGAUGGACAAAGGUCAUUAUCAUGAAGACCCGGUUUGUCUCCUCAGAAGUGGAUCUUCGCACGUUGUGAUUGUCAAGCACCUUUCCUCCUCUUGCAGUCAGAGAGAGUGAGUGAAGCUUGUGUUUUCCUCUUUUUUACUUUCUUCAAGAAUAUUUUAUUGUGUGAGACACAGAGAGAGAAAACCGCCAGCGCUUGGCAUGCUUUUCACUGCUUUGCACACUAGAAACAACAACAAUAACAGUGUUUACACCAACCCAACCGACUCCCUUUCUCUCUUCUUUAACCACACUCGGCUUCUCUCUAGAAUUUGAUUCCGGGUUUUGACUGUCUGCGGAGCCACCAUUUUAUGGCAUGAAAAGAUAAGAAAAACCAUCCUUUUGAGCUUGUGUUUUACUCAAAACCGUGGUCUUUUUGUUUGAUUUAAAGCUAGAGUUUUGAGAUUUGCAAAAGGGUCAGUCUGAACAUUUUUGCUAGGGAAAGAAGUGAGCUUUUUGGAUUUCUUUUGUAGCUUGAUUUUUUAUAUGAAAAAACUUACGUUUUUCUUGUUUCCGAAUUUGGCUUUUAGUACUGUGAUGCAAGUUAAAUGGUUGAUUAAUCUUUUUGUGUUCUCGUUUUUUGGGUUGGUUGGAAUUGUUUUCAUCAAUGUUUAAAUGCGUGAGCACUGAAUGUUUUGAAAUGUAGUUGAAUGAGAAACAGUUUCUGUGCAUGCCAGUUCAGAUGUUUUCCUUGUAGGGUCACAUACAAAUUGAGUUUCUAGUCUAAAUUUAGAGGCGCCGUGGUUUCUACAUUGAAUUCCAGAGGCUUAAGGAUUAAGCAUCUGGUGAUUUUGUUAAAAUUUGGUUCAAAUCCAUGAAGAAUCUUUACUGUUUUAAGCAAAUCUAUAACAAUGGAAAAUCAGAGAGGCGGCUUUCUCUUGGAGAAUAUAAGAGAGCGGUUUCUUGGUCCAAGUAUUUGGUGUCAUCUGGGGCAGAGAUUAAAGGAGAGGGAGAGGGGGCAUGGAGCGCAGAUAUGUCUCAGUUGUUUAUUGGUAACAAAUUUGCAUCUGGGAGGCACAGUAGGAUAUAUAGGGGGGUGUAUAAGCAAAGAGAUGUGGCAAUUAAGCUUAUAAGUCAGCCUGAAGAGGACGAGAACUUGGCUACUAUGCUUGAGAACCACUUCACUUCGGAGGUGGCUUUGCUGUUUCGGUUAAGGCAUCCUAAUAUCAUCACUUUUGUUGCGGCUUGUAAGAAACCUCCUGUAUUUUGUAUAAUCACCGAGUAUUUGGCCGGGGGCUCAUUGAGAAAAUUUCUCCAUCAGCAAGAGCCAUAUUCAGUUCCUCUCGAUUUAGUUCUGAAAUUAGCCCUUGACAUUGCACAUGGGAUGCAAUAUCUCCAUUCACAAGGGAUACUUCACAGGGACCUCAAAUCUGAAAAUUUACUGCUUGGAGUAGAUAUGAGCGUCAAAGUUGCUGAUUUUGGUAUUUCCUGCUUGGAAUCUCAUUGCGGUAAUGCAAAAGGAUUCACAGGUACAUAUCGAUGGAUGGCUCCUGAGAUGAUCAAAGAAAAACAUCACACAAAAAAAGUUGAUGUCUAUAGUUUUGGCAUAGUCCUCUGGGAGCUCCUGACAGCAAUGACACCAUUUGACAACAUGACUCCAGAACAGGCUGCAUUUGCUGUCUGCCAAAAGAAUGCCAGACCACCAUUACCCCCAAAAUGUCCACUGGCCUUUAGUCAUCUCAUUAACCGAUGCUGGUCCAGCAACCCAGAUAAACGACCACAUUUUGACCAGAUUGUUGCGAUUUUGGAAAGCUAUUCAGAGUCCCUCGAGCAGGAUGCCGAAUUUUUCACAUCCUACAAGCCUCCCACCAAUCAUACUAUUUUGAGAUGCUUCCCAAAACUUAUAGCUGGCCGUCGGUCCACUUCUGUAAAAGCCUAGGAACUGUAACGAAAUUAUGUGUAAUGCUAUAUGUAUCAUAUGCUUUUCUUUUCUAGGGUUGUAUGCUCAGUUGUGGUUAGGAGCUUAUGAAUGGCCUUGUCCAAAAAUCACCAAGUGAUUACAUGAAUUAAUAUGCCAGUAUUUUUUUAUGCUCUCCA